UUUCAAGAUCUAAGCAUGAAUGAUUGAUAGCCCAAAGUCUCUGAUAAUAUAGUGACCUGUUAACUUAAAUGCUCGAUAACACUAGGAGUCAAGGUGGCAAAAGGUCUUGGCAUUUUUUCAUCUUUUUAUCUUUCCACUUAGUGAAGAAAACUUUUAAAACAUGCUUUGUAUGAUAAAGUACCCAUGGCAUCACAGCAAAGAAUUCCUUACUGUUAGCUGAACGAUGCGGUCGGACUUUCAAACAAAGGGGAAGAGGAACUGGGAGAAAUAUGGACUGAAAUGUAUGAAGUUGUCAAGUUUGCUUUUGUAUUGACUCAGUUUCAGUGUUUCAUAGUUGGAAUAUACAAUAACAAAUCAAGUGAAUAUAAUUACGUUACAUACUUUAGACGUCUACAACAUAUCAAAGAUUUCAAUGGUUUAGUUAUUCAGGCAAUCGAAGACUCAAAACCUUUUUCAAAAAGACUACUGUUGAUUCAAAAAAAUGGUCAUGGUUUUUCCGUUACGAAGAGAAUGGAAGAGGAAAAACCCGAAGGUCCAGUGCACUCUAUUUCAAGAGAGAACUUUAAAAAACUUUACGAGAUUUUAGAAAACGCAUUGAAAAGGCUUAACGAUUAUGAAAACGAUGGUGAGACUGACGAUAGCAAAGAGCCUGAUGUAGGGAGCGACAGUGAGGAUCAUACCUUGAAAGGCACGCAAGACAACAAAGGAAAACCUAAAGAUAAAGGGAAGAAAGGGAAAUUAAAUGAAGAUCAGUCAGGCGAUUCUUCGACGCAAGACGGAUCCGUAUGUUUUAUGCCCUGUGGGGGUAGUGGUGGUGCAUGUUUCAAUCCAUCCGCAUGUGGUUGUUCCUGCUCUGAUUGCUUACCAUGUCAGCCACAGUCUUGUAUGAUGCCACCAUGCUGUCCUUGUUGUUGUAACCCUGGAGGAAAAAAACUGGAAGACGUCUGGAUGAUGCCAACACUGAUCGUAUCUAAGCCUAUUCCAGCUCCUCUCCCACCUGGUGAAGGACCAAAACUCUGGCUACCAUCCUGGUUGACAGAUAGACUAGGACUCCCACCCUCUGCUGGCGUUGGGAAAGAAAGUAGAAAGGAAGCUGGUGGAGGAGCAGCCGGUGGUGAAGCUGGAGGAGGUGCAGCUAGUGGAGGUGCAGCUGGAAGUGAAGCUGGUGGAGGGGCUGCUGGUGGAGGAGGUGCUGGUCGUAAAGCUGGUGGAGGUGCAGCUGGUGGCAAAGCUGGGAGAGGUGCAGCUGUGGGAGGUGCAGCUGGUGGAGAAGCUGGUGGUGGAGUAGUUGGUGGUGGAGCAGGUGGGGGUGCAGCCGGUGGAGGAGCACUUGGUGGGGGGGCAGCUGGUGGGGGAGGAAAUGGUGGUGAAACUGGUGGAGGUGCAGCCGGUGGGGGUGCAACUGGUGGAGGAGAAGCGGGUGGUGUAGCCGGAGGGGGAGCAGCCAGUGGUAAAGCUGGUGGACAUAAAGCUGGUGGGGGUGCAGCAGGUGGAGGUGUAGCAGGUGGAAGUGCAGCUGGAGGGGGAGCAGCUGGUGGGGCAGCACUGGUGGAGAAGCAGGCGUGA